AUGUCGUUGCUUCAGAUCGUGACAUUAAUAUGUCUGGUGGUGGCGACAGUCCAGGUGGCAAUGAUGGCGAACGCGAAGUGGUCAGUGAAGGAAUUUGUCGGAAGAAAUGCCUACGGGAUUACCAUCGUUCAGCUGCUCUACUGUAUCUUCAUGCUGGCAGUCUGCCUAUGGUUCUUCUGGGGUGUUCAGAUGGAGAAGUCCAACGUAAUCCUGUCAUGGCUGGUGAUCUACGCCAUGUGGCUGUCUGAAGUCUGCUGCCUGCUGUUUGUGCUCGUCUGCCUCUACAGCUUCGACGUUGACCUCGUCAGUUUUGUCUUCUGCUUCAUCUUCGGACUUCUUACUAUUUGUACGUAA